UUCAAUAUUCAACAUGCAGUUAAUUUUAAGUUUUAUACUACGUAACAUCCACCAUCCAUUGUGUUCAAGAAUUCAUCAUGUUUGAUUUUUCAAAAAAAAUUGUGAUCAUCACAUUAGCGGGGUUUGCAAUUUUAAUACUUAUUAUCACGGCGGCUGUCGUAUUUCUAAUGACUUUUUAUUCAAAAGGUCAAGAAUUUACAUUUGUUAGCUCAUCACAUCUAGGAAUAUAUAAGAAGGCAGCAGUGUCGUCAACUGGAGAAGAAUGCGCGGAUAUAGGAAAUAAUAUGCUGCUAAAAAAUGGCUCUGCAGUGGAUGCUGCAAUAGCAACAUUAUUGUGCGAAGGAGUCUCAUCACUUCAUAGUAUGGGAUUGGGAGGUGGAUUUUUGAUGACAAUAUGGGAUGCUAAAACUGGACAAGCGGAAUUCCUUAAUGCUAGAGAAACUGCGCCAGCUAAAGCUACGAAAGAUAUGUAUGUGGAUGAUGCCACUGCAUCUAAGCGAGGCGGGAAAGCUGUAGCAGUUCCGGGAGAACUACUAGGGUACUGGGAAGCCCAUAGAAAAUACGGAAGACUUGAUUGGGCAGAUUUAUUCUCACCUACGAUUGAACUUUGUGAGCGAGGAGGUUUGGUGAAUUCUUAUCUAGCAAGCAGAAUAAAAUCUAAACUGUCUGAUAUAAGAGCUGAGCCGACUUUAGCUGAAAUUCUUAUCGAUCCGCGAACUAAUUCAACAUGGGCGGUCGGAGACAGAAUAAAGAGACCGAGACUAGCAGAAACUUUGAAGGCGAUAGCUAAAUACAAUGUCAGUGUCUUUUACAAUGGGAGUAUAGGUGAAGAAAUCGUAAAAGAGAUUCAAGGCUUUGGUGGAAUUAUUGAAAUGAAUGACUUACGGAAUUACAGGGUUGAAUGGAAGAAGCCGAUAACGUCAAAGCUCGGUAAUUUAACAAUUCAUUCGGCAGCAUUACCCGGUUCAGGAGUAAUAUUAACAUUUAUACUUAACGUACUCGAAAAGUUUCUUCCUAUGGGCAUUAGAGAAGAAAUAUUCUGGCAGCGUAUCGUAGAAACAUUCAAAUGGGCGUACGCUCACCGUACAGAGCUAGGUGACGAUAAUUUUGUUGAAUUAGAUGACUUAAUCUCCAAUCUAAAGUCCAAAAGUUACGCCGAAGGAAUCCGUGAAAAAAUAAAAGACAACUGGACAAGUAAUGAUCCCAAGUUUUACGGAGUAGUCACGGAUAAUCCGAUGGAUUCUGGAACUGCACACGUAUCCGUAUUGGCUCCUGAUGGUUCAGCAGUAUCUGUAACAUCAUCAAUAAAUCAAGUACUAGGAGCAUUGAUACGGUCGAAGUCUACCGGGAUAAUAUUUAAUGACCAAAUGGAUGAUUUUAGUACUCCAAAUGUUGCUAAUGCAUUUGGCUUACCGCCUUCUCCAACUAAUUUUAUAGUACCAGGCAAGAGACCACUCAGUUCCAUGUCUCCAACAAUUAUCGUCGAUGAAAAAAGAGAAGUCCAGCUCGUUGUAGGAGCCGCUGGAGGGACAAAGAUAAUAACGGGAGUUGCAUUGACCAUCAUAAUGAACCUCUGGCGUGAACAUAACAUCAAAGAAGCUAUCGACAUCCGACGACUUCAUCAUCAAUUGAUACCAAUGACGAUAUCUCCUGAAUCAAAUUUUUCUUCAAAUAUACUACAGUAUUUAAAAAGUUUUAAUCACACGGUAGCUUUCGAUGGGUGGGGAUGUGGCGUAUCAGCGAUAUCUAAAUUAAAUCAUCCCGGAGUGACAGCAAACUCUGAUUAUCGCCGUCUGGGAUCAGUCGCUGGUUUUUGAAAAACAAAAGUUUUUUUAUCUUGCUCAAUUAUUAUUUACAAUCUUUUAAAAAUAUUUAUUGUUAUUUUUUAUGAUUAUAUCUUGUGUUAAUUAAUUAAUUUAUUUUUUAAGAUUUAUUGUUCAUUUAUUUAU